AUGGAGGAAAAUUUGCAGCACGAAGACGGCUGGAGCGAAGACGAGUUUGAUAUUGCGUACGAUGAAUUUGAUAAUGAUGAGAACCAUGGUAAACACAUAGACGAUCAAAAUGAUGAGAACCAUGGUGAACACACAGACAGUCUAAAUACUAGUGAGCUUGAGUACGACUAUUACGGUGAAUCUGACUUGGACACGGGUCAUACUGAUGAUGUGGAAGGUGCAUCAGUUCCUGAGGAUUCUGUUGACAUGAGCCAGGCGAUGCCAAGCGCUAGUCAGCCUGAGAAAACACAGAAAGGUAGCAAUGGCAAUGAAUAUCCUGAUAAUAAUCGGGAUUUAUACUGGAUGAUAAAAGAGAUGACUUUUAUUUCUGAAGCAGCAGCAUUUUCUUUCUACAACAGAUAUGCUAAAGAUUAUGGGUUCAGCGUCCGGCUGGAUCAGGUUAAGCGGUUUGAUGAUGGAGUAAUUCGGCUAAGGCAUUUUGUGUGUUCCAGAGAAGGCAGACGUCCCAAAAAGCAACUGACCACGGAAGGCCGCGUAUAUAGGCUCAGACCUGAGUCUCGCUGCGGCUGCAAGGCACGUUUGGUGGUGAAGUUUGAUGGAAGAACUGGUUUCUGGGUUGUUGAAGAUUUUCGAGACAAACAUAACCAUGACCCAGCUGAACCAUGUGAGACUCCGUUUCUUCGGUCCCAUAGGACGAUCAACGACGCGCAGAGAUCCGAGAUAUUAUCACUGGGAUCCAUGGGGGUCAGGAAGCACCUCAUUAUGAGAAAAUUCAUUGCAGGCUCCGGUUCAUUUGCCGGUGUUGGAUUCACAAGAAAAGAUUUGUACAACAUGUGCUCUAGGGAGAGGAGGAGGCUGCUUUUCGACGGUGACGCUACCACAGCCAUCCGCAUUAUGGCAAAGAGGAAAAAGAGGGACCCUGAAUUUUUCUAUGAAUAUGACGUUGAUGACAAAGGCCGUCUGAAGCACAUGUUCUGGUGUGAUUCCCAGUCACGUAGGGAUUACCAGGACUACGGAGAUGUGCUGGUGUUUGAUAGCACAUACAAGAUGAAUAAAUAUAAGAUGCCAUUUGUUCCUUUUGUGGGCUUGAACAACCACCGUAGGACAACGGUUUUUGGGUGUGCCAUCCUUUCAAGCGAGAAUGAACAAACAUAUGUUUGGCUUCUAAAGACCUUUCUCAAAGCGAUGUGUCAACAGAAGCCAAAGGCAGUAAUCACGGAUGCAGAUUACGCGAUGAUCGGCGCAAUCGGCAAAGUAUUUUCUGGUGUGUCGCAUCGCAUCUGCAGCUUCCACAUUGAAAAAAAUAUGGAGAUGCAUCUACCUAACAAGUCACUGAACGAGUUCAGGACUCUUCUGUAUUACACCACCUCAGAGCAAGUAUUUGAGGAGCGAUGGCAUGCAUUUUACAGAAAAUGGCAAUCCCCAAAAACCAGAACAUGGAUGAAGAGGAUGUACAACAAGAGGAAACUUUGGGCUGCAGCGUAUCUCUCGAAGGAUUACGGCUGGGUAUGA